AACUUUAUCCUUUAUAUGUAUUUAUUCCAGGAACCUCAACAAAUGAAGCCUUGGCUGGGUGUAUGGGAUGCCACCAAACCACUCGCAGAUUGUUUGCACUACGAUCCUUUUGGAAAAAAAGUUACAGGUAGCGAGAACUGUCUGUACUUGAACGUGCACACUCCGAAGCCGAACGCCGCUGCGCUUUUGCCGGUACUGGUUUUCAUCCACGGCGGGGCGUUCAUGUACGGCACGGGCGGACUCUACGACGCGUCACAUUUCAUGGACCGGGACAUGGUCGUAGUUACACUUAACUACAGAUUGGGGCCAUUAGGAUUCCUGAGCACGGGUGACGAUGUGAUACCUGGCAAUGCCGGUUUGAAGGACCAGUCGUUUGCGUUGCAGUGGGUGAAGAGUAACAUCAUGAUGUUUGGUGGUAACCCUGAUAGUGUCACGUUGACGGGAU